AUGGAAAGUAAUAAAUAUGAUAAAGAGAAAUCUACAAUAAAAUGUACUAAAGAAACAGUAAUUACAACAUCAUCAUCAUCAUUAUCAUCAACAUCAUCAUCAGCAGUAAUAUAUUCAUUGCAACCAUCGAUACCAUCAUUAUCUUUGCCUAACAUUGUAACAACAUCAUCAGAAUCAUCAUCAAUAAAAACAACUGACUCAGAAAAUAAUCAAAUUAAAUCAAUUCAAAUGCCAAUUUAUAGUGGUAUUAGAAAUAGUGAAAAUGAAAAAGAAGAAAAUGUAAUAGAAAUAAAAGAAAAACGUGACUUGAUUAUAGAAUCAAGUAAUAAUAAUAAUAAAAAAAUUAAAGAUGAUAAUAGUAUUGGUGCAAAUAAUAGUAACAGUAAUAAAUAUUAUAGUGAUUGUGCUAGUGAAAAUAUAAAAAAUGCAAAUCAAACAACAGUAAUUACAUCGACACCAUUUCUUUUACCAUCAUCGGUGUCAUCAUCAUCUAUAACUUCAAUAACAUCACCAGCUUCACAAAUAACACAAUUACCAUAUUCAUCAUCAAUAUUAACAUCAAUAUAUAAUACACCAACAACAUCAAAAUAUUAUAGAAAUCAAGCAAUAGGAUCAUCAAUAAAUCCAGAUGAAAUUUCAACUUCAACAUCAUCUGUUCUACCAUUAAGUAACUUUCGUUCAGCUCUAUCUUUACAAAAUUUAAAUUAUUUUACAACACCUCUUGAAAUUUCUAAACCAAUAACAACACCAUCAUCAUCAUGUACAUCAAAAUCGUCGCCAAUUUCUUAUUUGAGAACAUCAACAUCUUCUGCCAUUUCUUCCGCUUCAAUAUAUCCAUCAUCAAGUAGUUUAACUUCUACAAAUAAUACUAAUAUAAUUGAAAUUCCUACAACUAAGAAAAAGAAUCAUAGUAACAAAAAUGAUUAUAAUAAAGAAAAUGGUAAAACGACAAAACAUCAACUAAAAGAAAAUGAUAAUAAAGAUAGCGGAGGAACUGAUGACGGCGGCGUCACUAGUAGUAGUAGUAUUAGUAUAAGCGGCAACAAUGGAAAUAUUAAUAAUAACAAAGACGAUAAUAAUAAAAUUGAGAAUAGAAAUGGAAAAGAUAAUCUAAAUAAAUUUUACUCAAGUGAAAAAAAACUCUCAACAAAGGAAAAUAUAGAAAAACAAAAUUUAAAAGCACCAACUGUUUGUUGUUGUAGUUUAACACAAAAAUCACAUGGAGAGCAAUCACACCACUACUAUCAACAUCAUCUUCAAUCCAAUAUUGAAGAGCUGAAAAAACAGCAACAAUUUCUUCAACAUUCAAACUAUUAUUCUCGUGAAUAUUAUAAAGAUAUUAAAAAGGAUAUUAAUAAAAAAGGGAAUACAGAAACAGAUUUAAGUGAGCAUGAACAUGAGAAAAUCGUGAGUAAAGAUAGCAAUAGACGAGAGAAUUCUGAUAAAAAUGAAUGUAAUAAAAACCAGAAGAAAUUAAGUGAAGAUGAAGAAAAGGAUGAAUUAUUUCAGAUAUUUCAACCGUGGGCUCUUAAAACAUACGGAGACCAAGCUAAAACAAAAACGAUUACAUUAAAAAAGAAAUCAAGAAUUCUAAAAGCAUUAGAUGGUAAAGAGCAUAGCAAACCAGAUAGCUCUAAAUUUCGUUUUUGGGUUAAAUCAAAAGGAUUUACAACACAUAAACCUGAGGGCUUUGUUGACACCCAAGAACAAUGUAAGCAAAGUAAGCGUAUCGGAACAACGGAUAAUAUUGAUUUGUAUGUAGCUUCAACUAGUAAGGAUUUUGGUGAAAGAUAUUAUCGUAAGGUGGCUGUGGUUGAAGAGUUUUUCGACAUUAUUUACAAUGUUCAUGUAAAUCUUGGUGGAAGAAGUGGACGACAUGCUGGGCAAAAACGAACUUAUAGAAUAAUCACUGAAACGUACGCUUUUCUGCCUCGCGAAGCCGUUACAAAAUUUUUAACAACUUGUCCAGAAUGUAAAAAAAAUCUUCGACCAUAUUCACCAAAUACUAAAGUUGAAGAACAUACUACUAAUGAAAUUUCAGUUGAAUCGACUGAAGCCCUCAAUUAUUCCUCUCACACUGAGAGCUCUAAAGAUAGCGCUAAUUUAGAAUCCAAAAAACCAAAACCUGAAGAGUCUGAAGACGUAGAAAUGACCCACAUUAAAAGUCAUACUAGUCAUGUUAAAACCAAAUCCCCCAUUCUGCAAUUAACUGAACCAAAUAUAUGCCGGACACCUUCCAUUGAACUAACUUCAAGUCUUAUUGAAGAACAAUUAAAAAUUAGAAAAAAACCACCACAGUUAUGGCAGCCUCACCAUCAAGAAUCCUCUCCUAAUAUUAAUCGUGCAAAUAUUUUCCCUCCUCCUUCUCUACCAAAUUUUCAACCAUCUGAUAUAAGUAAUUUUUUGAAUUCAAUGCAAAGAAUGUCAAAUCCCGAAAACUUACUCAAUUUAAAUCCUUUACCAUUUUCUCCAACAUCAGUUUUAUACUCAGCUAGACCCAGUCCUCCCCAUUAUACGACAAUUGAUAGAGAAUCAAAAAGUCAAAAUUCUCCACAUCAACCUUGUCCUCCAGCCGCUGAUACAUGGUCGUCACCACCCCAAUCAUCUCAACAAGAUAGAAAUAGUACAAAAACUAAAAUUUCUCCAACUUCUUACUCAAAACAAAUUAAUAUAAAUAUUGAAAAUGCAAUAAACUUGUCAACAGAUUCAAUAGAUUUAACAAUCACCCCACCAAAUCAUCAUCAUUUGGGACAAUCUGGCAGUAAUGCCAAAGAUAAUAAUAAUUUAAUGGUGAAUUCUUUAGACGUUUCCAUUAACGUUUCAAACGAUUCAAAUCAAUUAAAAAUUUCAUGCAAAACUACCCCACCCUCAACAUCUCCUGCAACUCCAUCUCCACCAUCUACUAAAACAAAUAUAACUACAACUCCCACCUCACAUUUUCACGAGGAAAAACGAUUUCGAGAUGAAAAACGUACGAUUUAUAAACCUGAGUCCGUUGACAUUUCUCCACCUUUCGUUAGUUCAACUUCGACUAUUGCGCCGACAUCUUCAGGUUCGCAGCAAUCAUACGGCUCUGAUUCAAUAUUUUAUUCUACCUCAAUAAUGUCUCCUUCUAUUAUAGCUGAUUUGACGACAAUUUCAAAUAAAAAUCUUAAAAUAUCAGCUGUACCAUCAAAUGAAGAAACAAUUAUACCUCAAACUACAACAUCCUCUUCCCAUGCUACCCAUUCUUCCCCUGUGUUAGUGACUAGUGAUAGACAAACUUGUGCAAUUAAUUUAAACUGCAAAAUCAAAAACAUUGACAAAAGCAAAGCUCAUAAAGCUAACAGUAAAUAUGAAAAAGAAUUUCCAUUAUAUGAUUUUCAUAGCUGUAGAAAUGAGAACGAAGAUGUUUUAAUGAUGAUGAAAACAAUUAGAAAUACCAACAAUAACAAUAAGGAAAGAACAUCAUCAACAUCAGUAGAAGCAGCAACAACUUUAUCAUCAUCAUCAUCCACAUUACAAGAAUUAUCGAAUAUCAAGCAGGAAUAUUCACAACAACAUUAUGGUUUUGAUUGUAAGGACGUAGGAGUUUUGGAUUCUGGAGAUAAUAAUAGUAGUAGUAAUAGUUCGAGCACAAAUAGUACUAUUAUUCAGAUGCCAGUUCAAACGCCACCAAUUACAACAACAGUAUCAAUGUCACCAAAAUACAAACAACGAAUUUUACCAACAACAUCACUACCAACAGCAUCAAUAUCGCAUUCAUAUAAGAGCGGUGGUAUGAUGGCUACUGGUAAUGAUGAUGUUAGUAAUUUUUGUUUGUUUGAAAAAGGUAAUGAUAAAAAGGAUAAUGUGAAUAAUGAUAAGGAUAAUAAUCACGAACAUGAUAAUGAUAACAAUGAGACUGGUGAUAAAAAUAUGCACCAAAUUGAUUUAAUGAAAGUAAAACCCAUCACAUCGACUUAUUUAACAUUGACCCGCAGCAUGGGGUUAAGUGAUGAAGAUGCAUUGAAAUUUGAUGAUCUGGUGAGUAAGGAUUUCAAGUAUACUAUCUAA